AUGGCGCAACAGCAAGACCUCAGCGUAGUCCGCGCCGUCUUCAUCGCCUCUCUUCUCCGCUCCGAACCUGGCGUGCCGGAGAUCUCUCGCGACGAUGCCACCCUCUUCGCCCGCUCCAUUCUGCGGACGUGUAAUAUCUGUACCACGUCCAAUAUCAAGGUCGCGAAAUCUUUCAUCAUCAGCAACAUUCUCGGCUGUGCUUCAAGAACAGCAGCGCUGUCGAAGUAUCUGCUCACCCUUAGCAAAUCGUUCGCGCCUCGGGAUCUGGAGACACGCGUGGACACCACCAAGCCGAGCGAUGAGAAUGAAGGCCUCGGAAAGAUCGUGGAUGGGAAAGUGCAGCAACCGCCAGAGCCAGCCUUUAAACGAUUACAUCUGCUGUAUCUCAUGCACGAUGUCUUGAUGCACUAUCACAGCCACAGACGAUCAAGUGGUCAAGGAGAUAUGGAACCUAUCAACCAACUACGCCCAGACAUCACCAAGCUCUGCCAGCUGGCCGUAUGCGGCUGCGGUGGCGACAAGAAAGCCACAAGCACCACACCUCUCGUCCUCGAACUCCUAUCCUUCUGGGAGAAAUCCAACCUUUUCAGCCCCUCCCACCUAGAUCAAAUGCGCUCCGCCAUCCGCGCAUCCGAGACCACAGACUACGAAACCCUCGUCUCCAACAUCCCCGCCUCCGACCCCUCCCAAACCGGCCUGGACCCCGAUUCCCCAACCAAAUGGAUCCUCCCGACCCACCACUCCGUCCCCUCCGACCCUUCAGCACCUUGGCACGCGCUCCCCGCGACCAAUGGCCUCUACCUCAAACGCACGCGGGGCUACCCCCUCCUCGCCUCCGCAUUACCUCAGGGCGGCUUCUCGGUCCCUGGAGGCGGCCACGAAGCAGACGUCCAGCUCAAACAGGACGUUUCUGCUCUCUACGAAGACGUCCUGCGCUGCUUCGACAAAUACACUCCCGCGGACGAAGUACAAGACGUCGACGCGUUGGGGAAUGUGAUCUGGAAGGAUCCCGAGCGGGCGACGAGGAAUUACUGGGGAUUCACUAUCGAGGGUAUCGAUCGGAGGAAGGAGAUUGCGGGAAAGUUCGCGGGGAUGGAGAGGCAGUAUGGGGGGUUCGGUGGGCAGCCGGGUGUCAGUGAUGCUGUGGAGAGGGCGAGGGCGCUGGCGGCCGGACGGGGCAGAGGCGGGGAGCGAGGGAGAGGGUAUGGUGGGAGAGGAGGGUGGAGAGGCAGAGGACAGUGGUGA